AUGUGCAUCUCACGGAGCAGUGACCCAGCUCUGACGCACACCUGGGACCAUGAGCCACUGAGAGGUCUCUGCACACAGGUGACCGCGGCCGUCAUGGCGCAGCAGACCACCCCCAGCUCGCAGAAGGCUCUGAUGGUAGAGCUGAAGUCUCUGCAGGAGCAGCCGGUGGAGGGCUUCAGGAUCACUCUGGUGGAAGAGUCCGACCUGUACAACUGGGAGGUUGCCAUCUUUGGACCGCCCAAUACCCUGUACGAGGGCGGGUACUUCAAGGCUCAUAUAAAGUUCCCAGUGGAUUAUCCAUACUCUCCCCCAACCUUCAGGUUCCUCACCAAGAUGUGGCACCCCAACAUCUACGAGAAUGGAGACGUCUGCAUCUCCAUCCUCCAUCCUCCUGUGGACGACCCCCAGAGUGGAGAGCUGCCGUCUGAACGCUGGAAUCCCACGCAGAAUGUUCGAACGAUCCUGCUGAGUGUGAUCUCGCUGCUGAAUGAACCAAACACAUUUUCUCCGGCAAACGUUGAUGCCUCUGUCAUGUUCCGCAAGUGGAGAGACAGCAAAGGCAAAGAGAAGGAGUACGCUGAGAUCAUCCGGAAGCAGGUUCUGUCCACGGCCGCAGACGCUGAUCGCGACGGGGUGAAGGUCCCGCGUACGCUGGCAGAGUACUGUGUCCAGACCCGAAUGCCCUCCCAGGACUCGAGCUCCGACCUUCUGUACGACGACCUGUACGACGACAUGGAGGAGAGCGAGGAGGAAGAUAGCGAUGAGGACGACGGGGAGGCCAGAGGGGGCGUGUACGGAGACCAAGACGACAGCGGCAAUGAGGAGUUAUGA